AUGGCGACGAGGCAAAAGCAGGUAGACCAGCUAGGGGCCAUUGCAGCGAGCCAGGUAAUUGACGCUGGUGACUCAGAGUCAGAUGGUCGAGUUAAUGGAGUGCAAGUGACCAUCCCAGACAGUUUUGUGAAUGUGACUGUUGGAUCUGAUGUCACUCUCAUCUGCACCUACACCACCACUGUGGCCUCACUGAACAAGCUCUCCAUUCAGUGGACAUUCUUCCAUAAGGAGGAGUCACAACCAGUUUCUAUUUACUAUUCUGAAGGUGGACAAGCUACAGCCAUAGGAAAAUUUAAAGAUCGCAUUGUAGGGUCCAACACUUCAGGUAACGCAUCCAUCACCGUCUCGCAUAUGCAGCCAGAAGACAGUGGCAUCUACAUCUGUGAUGUUAACAACCCCCCUGACUUUCUCGGCAAAAAUCAAGGCACCAUCAGCGUCAGCGUGUUAGUCAAACCUUCUAAGCCCUUCUGCAGCAUCCAAGGAAUAGCAGAAACUGGCCAUCCUAUAUCUCUUGCUUGCCUUUCGGUGCUUGGAACACCUUCCCCUAUGUACUACUGGUAUAAACUUGAAGGAGGAAACAUCGUCCCAGUGAAAGAAAAGUUCAACCCAGCCACCGGGAUUUUGUUUAUUGGAAACCUGACCAGUUUUGAACAAGGUUAUUACCAGUGCACUGCUAUUAACAUCCUUGGCAACAGUUCCUGUGAAAUUGACCUAACUACUCCAUAUUCAGGAAUUGGAAUCAUUGUUGGGGCCUUUGUGGGGACCCUGAUAGGUGUCAUCAUUAUCAUCUCUGUGGUGUGGUUCGUGAGGCGUAAGGUAAAGGCAAAGGGAAAGGAAAGGAAGAGGAAUUCUAAAACCACCACAGAACUCGAACCAAUGACAAAGAUAAACCAAAGAACGGAGGGUGAGACAAUACCACAUGAAGAUGUCAUCCAACUCGAAGCUACCCUUCCAUCUUCCAUCCAUGAGACUGAGCCUAAUACCACCCUGGGGCCUGAUCAUGAGCCUGUCCCCGAGCCUGAGCCUGCCUUGCAGCCUACUGUGGAGCCACCCUCUGGGCCUGAGCUUGUCCCCACGUCUGAGCCUGAGAUCCAGCUGGAGCCAGAGCCUGCGCCCCAGCAGGAGCCCGAGCCCUUGAUUGUAGAUGAGCCAUUUUGUGAUGAGGAGAAGAGGGUGAUUAAGUCAUAG